AGGGGAGGCGUGUAAGGGACGUCGAGCAGUGCUGCUCUCCGACGGUGUGCGUACAAUGUCUUAUGAAUGACAACCGCCGUUUCAGGUUAUGUGACAUUGUGGUAGCACAGGACACCUUAGCACCAAAGUGACUUAACUGACCGGACGCAGAAGGCAGGUGACAGAGGGAAUGUUUGCUGGAUGAGAUGCGCCCCAGCUGCUGGUUUUACGCGGAGUGGAGUGAGACGUACGGCUGUGUAUUCUGAGACGUUACCAAACAGACUGCGUGUGAACCUGUGUUGGCUUCAAACUUGCACCCUGUGACUGUGAGUGAGAUCCUGCCUGAUCAGCUGACGGGAGGACCAAGAUUUCACCCAUAAGGAGAGACUUCUUUUGUACACAUCGACAGACCCUGUGGGAAUGCGUUAAAUUUAAAGUGCCUUAUCUGUACAAGUAGGCCUGCUCCGCCUGUUUGCACAGCAACUGGACUUACUUCUUUCCUAAAGUGCCAAAAGUUAACAGGUGACUUUUUUUCCUGCACAUGAUGUACACUAUUACAAGAGGACCCAGCAAACUGGUCACCCAGAGAAGGACAGGGCCCACUCAGCAGCUUGACAACAAAAUAAACGACUUCAAGCACAAACAAACGUCCUGGAACAUGCCUGACCUUCCUGCACCCAAGAUCGUUUUCAACCGCCUGAAUGGUAAGAAGUACCAUCACCCUGCUCCACCGCUUCCCACAGACACCCAGCAGGAAGAAAGCUUCACCGCCUCACACGAGGAAAACGUCAAAUUUGUCUAUGAGGCCUGGCAGGAGGUGUUGCAGCCGGAGCAGGAGCCAGAGGAGGCCCAGGGAGCUGUCCUUUAUAGAGAAACCACUCCAAGCCCACACACGGACAACUUUGUGCCUAUAGAUCUGGAUGAGUGGUGGGCACAGCGUUUCCUAGCCAACAUUGACAAGCUUUCCUGACACUCUUCUGGGAUUUGUGGAUCUUGACGGACGGUCAGGAGGUGAGACCUGAAGCAGGAUGGCUCACAGAGAGGAGAGGAAUCCUCGGCAGGAGGUGUGAUGGGUCACAAUGGUCUGAUGUGACUCAAAAUGAACAGACAGCGCUGGGACGCUAACAAAGUAAACCAGAGGAUCACUUCACUGGAACUCUGCAACCCAUCCAUCUCAGAGUUGGCAGUCUUUGCUAGACUGCACGCUGGAGGACGACGCUUUGAGGUUCAGGCUGCUCUCAUCUUCUACCCUCACAGCAGAGAUGUCAAUGUUACUUUGAAAUGCAGUAAAAAUGUAUUUUCAAGAA